GACAUGGGGAGGGGCAAUAACUGCUGGAGAUAAAGACCCUGAGCUAGACCAGGGUCCAGCAUUGCCUUAGCUCCCCUGAGCCUCUCCUUCCUCUGUUCCUUUCUCCCUUGGCUCACUCUCCUACCUCCCCCUUCUUUGUCUCACCAGUCCCUCUCCAUGGCUCCUAAGAAGCCUGACCCAAAGAAGGAGGAGGCAAAGGCUGCCCCCAAGGCAGCCCCAGCUCCUGCUCCUGAUCCCCAGCCAGAGGCCCCCAAGGAAAUCGAGUUUGAUGCCUCCAAGAUCAAAAUUGAGUUCACUCCAGAGCAGAUAGAAGAGUUCAAGGAAGCCUUCUCCCUAUUUGAUCGGACCCCCAAGUCAGAGAUGAAGAUCACAUAUGGGCAGUGUGGGGAUGUGAUGAGAGCACUGGGUCAGAACCCAACCCAGGCUGAGGUUCUUCGGGUUCUGGGGAGGCCUAAGCAGGAAGAACUCAACUCCAAAAUGAUGGAUUUUGAAACCUUCUUGCCCAUGCUGCAACAUAUUGCCACCUGCAAGGAUACUGGCACGUUUGAGGACUUUGUGGAAGGGUUGAGGGUCUUUGACAAGGAAGGCAAUGGAACUGUUAUGGGUGCUGAGCUGCGCCAUGUGUUGGCCACCCUAGGUGAGAGACUGACUGAAGAUGAGGUGGAGAAGCUGAUGGCUGGACAGGAAGAUGCCAAUGGAUGUAUCAACUAUGAGGCAUUUGUGAAGCACAUCAUGGCCAGCUGAGAUACCAGCUCUUCAGGAAGCCCUGAUAGAGGACCUAAUGGGGACGUUUCUUCAACCAAUCUCCUGAAAUAGUGGGGAGUGCUCAUUUGGAUGAAGGCUGGGUGGUUUGUGGUGGGAGGGCCAGGAAAGAGGAGACUGACUUCUAGGGGAUGGAGUCCAUGGUGCAGGGGUAGGGAAGGGGGAUGUAAUUCUCAAGGGGACACUAGGGUGAGAUAUUUGGCUGCCUUCUUUGAGAAUUGUAGUGGUCAAAUGGUAGCUUCUGCGGAGAAGAUGAAGAAUGGGGCAUCAUGGGAGGAAGGAAAGAGAUGUUUGGAUGUUUCCUAAGCAACUGGAACCAAGUGGCUUUUGCCUUCCCCACCCCCCCCCCUCUCUCUCUCUCACACACACACACACACACACACACACACACACACACACACACACACACACACACGCCACUUUCAUUACCAUACCCAUUGUCCCAGGAAUGGAGGUCAGGGGGUGGUCAUGGCUUCUUUGGAGAGUCUAAUUUGGUGACAUGAGCGUCAUGACCCUAUCUCCCUUUCUCAGUUCAUUUUCACGUAAUAUAUUCAAGUCUACCCCCAAAUCUCUCCUUGGGCUCCAAGUCUGGGAUCCUGAGAGAAAGAAUUGAAAUAUUCCCAAUAACCUCUUGGGGCACAAGAGAAGCCUCGCCCCAGCCAGGCCUCAAGGCUUCUGACUCCUAGGCCGGCAUUCAGCUGAUAGCUUGGGGGAAGUGCUUGCUUGUGACCAUAGCCCCUGUCUCUGUGCUCUUGGGGGUGUGUUCCUGAUGGAAGAGUCCAGGGGCCCCAGGUCCUCUGCCCAUCCCUACCCCACUUCUAUCUCUUGGUGCUAUCUUCAUCCCUCUGGUUGCUGACCCCCAUUAAAGGGCU